UGUGGACCACUCUUAAAUAAAAACAAGAAACACGAACAGAAACUGGUCAUGUUCACCAAUCUGUCAGAAGAUUCUGAAAGGUGUGAAAGCAUGGAGCUGGAUAAUAAAAUCCUCGGUCUGAUUGAGAGGAAUACUUCUAAUCCCAGAGGGGUCAGCCUGGGGGCCACGUCGAGUCAUAGAAGUCCCUGUUCUGUGAAGCCUCCAGGAAAAACAGUUUCUGUGGCACAUUUCUUACAGAGCACAGCUAGAAUGAGUGGUGCAGAAAGUUCUACGGAUCAUGCAGAGUGUGCUCAAUCGUCAAGAAGAAAGAACUUAAAUUCUCUUGAACAAAAGAUAAGAUGUCUGGAAAAGCAGAGAAAAGAGCUCCUGGAAGUUAACCAGCAAUGGGAUCAGCAAUUUAGAAGCAUGAAAGAGUUAUAUGAAAGAAAGGUCGCAGAGCUGAAAUCGAAGCUGGAUUCCGCAGAAAGAUUCCUGGGAACACUGGAGAAGGAGCGGCUGCAGAGCCCGAGGGAGAGCUGCCCAACGCGCUGCUGGACCAGUGAGCCGCUGCGGCUUGCGGAGAAGGAAAAGGAGAGCCUAAAUGGAGAAUUACAUGAAUUGAAGAUAGAGAAUAACCUUUUGAAGGAAAAAAAUGCUCUCAUGAACCACAAGAAGCAACAUUAUGAAUGUGAAAUAAAACGCCUCAAUAAGGCUCUGCAGGAUGCCUUGAAACUGGAGUGUUCUUCAUCUCCUGAGGACCCUUUGGGGAAGUCUGAAAUGGAGUGCAGCCAUGAGGAGAUGCGAACAGAAAUGGAAGUUCUCAAACAGCAGGUGCAAAUAUAUGAAGAAGACUUCAAAAAGGAGCGAUUAGACCGAGAAAGACUUAAUCAAGAAAAAGAAGAGCUACAGCAAAUUAUUCAGACUUCUCAAUCCCAGUUGAACAAGCUGAAUUCUCAGAUAAAAGCUUGUCAGAUGGAAAAAGAAAAACUAGAGAGGCAAUUAAAACAGAUGUGUUUCCCAACCUGUAACUGUGACUGGAAUUUCUACCGGAGGGAUCCACACCUUCUGAUGGGCCCUGGGGUUGUGCAGGACCUACAGAAGCACCCACCAGACUACCAAUGGUAUGCUCCUGACCAGUUUCCGCCAGAUGUGCAGCACAAGGCAAGUGAACCUUCUAGACAUGCUGCUGCUUGCUUCUCUGCUCUUGUGAGGCCACCCAGAAGUGGGCUGAAUAAACUGGGCUAUAAUCAUAAUCCCACUUCUGUUCUCAACACAUGCAAUCAAAAGUCAGCAAUGUCUGCUACAUAUUUAAAAAUUGCAACAUGGCACACACCUGUAACUCUUUAA